AUGACCAAAAGGCCCAUGCACAGACCCAACGCGAGGCAGACUCAAGACACAGCCGUUGAGCUUGUUGACUCCACAACUUAUAUGGGGUUUAUCAAACCUCGAAGUUGCCCGUAUGCGGACACCGUCGCAGCUGCAUCGCAGACACACAGUCCCGCUCAUACCAGAUCUCAUCUCCAUACGAACAGCUCACGGGGAAAGAGGGACGACAGAGUCCAAUUCGCCGGCAAUGCUGCUGCUGCUGCUGCUGUCGAGGACGAGGACAAGCGCUUCCGUGCGUACCACUACACUAACGGCGCCUACCCUGACCACUCUUUCCAGGUCGAAUACUCGGAUGAUCCGCGCUAUCCCGCCGGCGAGUACCCCGACGGCGCGUACCCGACCGAUACAUAUCUGGUGGGAGGCGUGGAUUCAGGUUCCGAGCUGGUUGACGGCGACGAGUACGAGGACGAAGACGAAGACGAAGGCUACGACAAAGACGAAGAUGAGGACGAGGGCUACUACGACAUGGACCUGGAUCUGGAUCCGCGCGUGGAGGAGCUGCACGAUGGUGAUAAAAACAGUGCCCACGGGGACUGCGACUGCGACUGGGACGGCAACGCGGACGAGUCUGUGGAUCGAGAGGAUCCAGUUCCAGAUACACGCGCGAGAGAGCCGAUCAAGGCUGAGGCUGGGGGCGAGAUCAAGGACAUGGAGCCAGAGACAAGAAAGCUGCAGCUGCGCCUCCUCCAGUGA